AAAACCCCUGAGCCUGACCACCUGGAGGAAAGGCUCACCGUUCCCAUGUGUGAUAAGGGCCAGGAGAUUCCACAGGUCAGGUAGUUCCCCCGCCUCCCUGGCGUUUUGUGGUCACCAUUAAUCAUUUCCUCUAACUGUGUAUAUAAGAGCUCUUUUGCCAGUGAGCCCAGUGCUCAGAGAGAAAGGCUAAAGUCCUCAGGAGGAUGUGGCUGCAGAACCUGCUUUUCCUGGGCACUGUGGUCUGCAGCAUCUCUGCACCCACCAGUUCACCCAGCUCUGUCACUCGGCCCUGGCAACACGUGGAUGCCAUCAAGGAGGCCCUGAGCCUUCUGAACAACAGUAGUGAAAUAACUGCUGUGAUGAAUGAAGCAGUAGAAGUCGUCUCUGAAAUGUUUGACCCUGAGGAGCCGAAAUGCCUGCAGACUCACCUAAAGCUGUACGAGCAGGGCCUACGGGGCAGCCUCAUCAGCCUCAAGGAGCCUCUGAGAAUGAUGGCCAACCAUUACAAGCAGCACUGCCCCCUUACUCCGGAAACGCCCUGUGAAACCCAGACUAUCACCUUCAAAAAUUUCAAAGAAAAUCUGAAAGAUUUUCUGUUUAACAUCCCCUUUGACUGCUGGAAGCCAGUCUAGAAGUGAGGCAGGCCAGUCCAGCCAGGAGCCAGCCCUGAGAGUGCACCUCGAGAAUCACUGCCCUCGAACCUACGGAUUGCUGAAACUCAGGAUCUUCACUUUGGAGGGACCAUAGUGUGGGGCCUGGCCAUGGGGGGCGGGCGGGGCCAGACUUGCGCUGGAACACGCUGCCCCUGAUAUGGGCUUGGUAUGGG